AUGUGUUGCUGUACUAUCCUAUGGCGAUUUUUAAGAGUACAUAGAUUACGAAUCAAUAGUCAUACACUCAAAAUAAACUUUACAACAUCUGCGAACUGUACGACAUCGGAUCAAGGCGAAAAUUCAGUUUCACCACAAAUAGAAAAAUUUGAGACUCACUACACAUCGCAACUUUUUACAGAUACGAGUACUGUUGAAAUGACCGAACAAAGUUCAACAUAUACCACUGUAUUUGUUCAGCCUGUUACGACUACAGCAGUGACAUCGAAUGAUGUUGACAUUUGCGCAACUGCAACAUGGGCAACAGAUGGCGUAUCAGUCGCAGGUGGUCAAGGAGCAGGAAAAAAUUUGAAUCAACUAGACUAUCCUCGUGGAACUUUCGUUGAUGAUACUGGAGCCCUUUAUAUUACAGAUGAUAAUCUUCGGGUAAUGAAAUGGAAGCAUGGAGCAAAAAGUGGUGUUAUGGUCGCCGGAUUCGGUGGCCGAGGUAAUGGUAGCGAUCAAUUUGAAUAUUACUUACAUAAUCUGGCUGUCGACACUGAAGGAACAAUGUACAUAUGUGAUAAAGGAAACGAACGAGUUGUACGAUGGGAAAAGGAGGCAAAAAGCGGUCAGAGCAUUAUCAUGGGCAUUAAUUGUUAUGGAGUAACUUUGGAUCAUGAGGGUCUAUUGUAUGUGUCUGAUGUUGAUAAUGAUCUCGUGAUGAAAUAUAGUGAUGAUUUCUCUCGCAAAGAAAUAGUUGCAGGCGGCAAUGGAGAAGGUGCAGCACUUAAUCAAUUGAAUCGGCCUCAUUUUACUUUUGUCGAUCUUAAUUUCAACUUAUUUGUACCUGACACGGACAAUCAUCGAAUAAUGAAAUGGCCAAAGGGUUCUACACAGGGUAUUGUUGUAAGUGGAAACGGGAACUCGAGUCAACUUGCGGGACCACAUGCUAUUGUUGCAGACAAGAUCGGCACUAUUUACGUUGUUGAUCAUGAAUUACAUCGUGUCAUGCGAUGGUUGAAAGGUUCUCAAUCGGGCGAUCUUCUAUUUGGAGGACAUGAAUAUGGGUAUAGAGCAAAUCAACUUGCGUUCCCUGUUGAUAUAGACUUUGAUCGAAACGGUAAUUUGUAUGUUACUGAUCGUAACAAUCAUCGUAUUCAAAUGUAUGCUGUUAAUAAAACUUCAUGCCUAUCAUCAUCCACGUUUUAUUAA